AUGAAGAACGCGGUGUUGGGGAAGGUAGAAAAGUUAGAAAAGGAGAAUGCAGAGCUUGUGGAGCGACUGAUGGAGAUGAAGACGAAGGAGGCGGAGAAGAUGAAUGAAAUUAACGAUUUGUACGCUGAUUUGUUGCGACAAAAGAAGAGCGUAGAAUUGAAUGCGAGGGCGGAGAGUCUCGCUGAGGCCUCGGCGGCGAGUAUGAAGGCGCUUUCGAUGUCUACCGUCAUGAGCAACGUCGUGCCUUCGAAGAAGAGACAUAUUUUACAAAGUAACAAGGGUGGGACGCACCGUGUCGCCCUCUCGCACGAUGGUUUCACCGUAGCAAGCGCCGGAGAGGACAAGGUAAUCGCUAUGUUCGACACGAAUACGGGCGCACGAACCAGCGAAUUGACUGGUUUGCUCGGUGCAGCAUUAGAUGUUACAUUUAGCGCCGACGACUCGCUCGUCCUCGGGACCUCGACCGAUUGCUCGCUCCAGCUUUGGGACGCGCUCACCGGUCGCGUACGGCACCGACUCACUGGGCACGCGCAAAAGGUGACGUCGGCGCGAAUCAGCCAGAUUGAUGCUAAGCGCGCGAUUUCGUGCUCUCAGGACCGGAACGUGAAGCUUUGGGAUCUCAAUCGUGGACACGUAACGUCAUCCAUGUUGACUUCAAGCGGCGUGUACUCGGUCGUCUUCGACGCAAACGAACAGCAAGCGUAUUCCGGUCACUUUGAUGGCGCGAUUCGCGCGUGGGAUCUUCGCGCGGGGAACGUAGCGCGCGAAACGAAGGUGCAUAAUGGUUUAAUCACCGCCGUCUUCGAUACGCCAAAUCAAAACGAAAUUCUGACAAACAGUCGCGACAACACGUUGAAACUCGUCGAUAUUCGAACAAUGGACGUCGUGCAAACGUUCUCCGCGCCAAAAUAUCGCGUCGGCACUGAUUGGAGUAAUCCUUGCGUGUCACCGGAUGGACAACAUAUCGCAUCUGGCGGGGCAGACGGGGCGUUAUUCAUCUGGCGUGUACAGGGCGGACGCUUGAUGACGACGUUGCACGGUCACGACGCCGUCGUCGCGACGUGCGCGUGGAACGCGGCGGGCGUGCUCGCGUCGGCGUGCAAAAAUGGCGUGUGUCUGCUGUGGGAAUAG